AAUGAGAACAGGGACGGGACUUGGGCAGGGGCGGUUGGAGGAGGUGCAGGACUUGGGGCAGCUCGGGGCCUGAGGCCUGGCCACUGUCAGGGUCACACUGUGCGUCCCCACACCCUGGGGCCCAGGCAUCUCCCUGUCCCCUCCUCAGCUCUGACAGAGAAACCCGACAUCCACUUUCUGGAGCCUCUGGAGUCCGGCCGCCCCACAAGGCUGAACUGCAGCCUUCCAGGAUCCUGUGAAGCGGGACGACCUCUCACAUUCUCCUGGACGGGUGAUGCCCUCAGUCCCCUGCACCCCGAGACCAACCCGGUGCUCACCUUCACUCCAAGGCCCAAGGACCAUGGCACCAACCUCACCUGUCAGGUGAAACUCCGAGGAGCUGAGGUGACCACGGAGAGAACUGUCCAGCUCAAUGUCUCCUAUGCUCCACAGAACCUUGCCAUCCGCAUCUUUUUCAGAAAUGGCACAGGCACAGCCCUGCAGAUCCUGAGCACUGGCAUGUCACUGCCCAUCCUGGAAGGCCACUCCCUGUUCCUCGUCUGCACAGUUGACAGCAACCCCCGUGCCUCGCUGAGCUGGUUCCGGGAGGGUAAAGCCCUGAAUCCCUCCCAGACCUCAGUAUCUGGGACCCUGGAGCUACCUGACAUAGGGGCUGGAGAUGGAGGGGAAUUCACCUGUCGGGCUCAGCACCCGCUGGGCUCCCAGCACCUGUCCUUCAUCCUUUCUGUGCAGAGAAGCCCCCGUUCCUGCAUGUGUGUACCUGAGAAACAGGACGGCUCCUGGCCCCUCGUCCUCACCCUGAUCCGGGGGGCUCUCAUGGGGGCUGGCUUCCUCCUCACCUACGGCCUCACCUGGAUCUACUACAGCAGGUGUGGAGGUCCCCAGGAGAGCAGGGCGGAGAGGCCUGACUGAGCCCCUCCUGCUCAAGACAGAAGCGAGGCGUGAACACCCAGCCCUGCAGGACAGAUGCAGGACAUCACCGUCAGCUUCCUUCUGGAAGCUCGCAUCCCACUGACUAUCCCUGUUUUCCUGCCUGCCCCAUACCCCGUCUACUUAUCCCCCUCUGCCUGUGAGUCCUGCCCCGCCACACCUGCAUCCCCACCUGCACCCCAUCCCCUCCCCACCCACCCUUCUCUUCCCUCUCCAUCCCCAGUUCUGUGAAGGGAAUGAACUUUCAGUCUUAUACCCCCAUUACCCAAAAGUUACGUUUUGUUUUUUGGUUUUGGUUUUUCUUUUUUGAGACAGGCUGUGUUGCUCUGCUGCUCAGGCUGGAGUGCAGUGGUGCAAUCUCCAUUCACUGCAACCUCCACCUCCUAGGUGCAAGCAAUUCUCCUGCCUCAGCCUCCCUGGUAGCUGGAAUUACAGGUGCCCACCACCGCACCUGGCGAAUUUUUUUUUUUUUUUUGUAUUUUAGUAGAGAUGGAGUUUCACCAUGUUGGCCAGGCUGGUCUUGAACUCCUGACCUCAAGCGAUCCACCGCCUUGGCCUCCCAAAGUGCUGGAAUUACAGACAUGAGCCACGGUGCCCGACCACCAAAAGUUACCUUCUUAACCCUUGAGUUUCUGGUCUCCUCACAUACCCUGUCCAUGUAGGCACGGACACACAGCAAUCGGUUUCCACUUGAAACCCUACCUUAUUGUGAUUGUUAUAUAAUACAGUUAUUAUAAGAUAAGUAAAACUUUUAUGAAACAAUACAACGUAAUUGAUUUUACUCUUUAAUGCCUCUGUAGAGAAAAAAUGUCUUAAUCUGGUUUUUUUUGUCAGAUGUGUUUCAUCAAAGGCUGUCAUGUUUAUUCAUUUUUUCAGGAUGCAUAAUUUAAAUAGAAGAAAACAU